GCGAGAUGAGCUCUUGCGGCUCUCAUGCGCGAGCUCUCGCGAGAGCUUCGGCCGCACAGCCUCUGCCGCCAUGGUCACCGCUGGUGUGACGUCAUAGGAAUGCGCCGCGCUGUGCGGCCGUCCGCAGCGGGGUGGGUGAAGAAGGUGUGGUGUGGGGGUACGGGAGUACGGAGGCCCGGACGUGGAUGUGGACACGGAUGGGAUCUGCGUGUCAGCGGGAACCCCUCCCCCGCCCAGAAAUGGCUCUUCGUUGUGGGUCGGCCCUCCCCCGGAUCGCUACGAGGCGGCGCUGCUGUUGGCGGCCGCCGGGGACGCGCUCGGCUUCCGGGGGGGGCUGUGGGAGUACUGCACCGCGGGAGCGCGCAUCCACGAGGAGCUGCGCGCGCUGGGCGGGCUGAGCAGCAUCGAACUGCGCCCCCCCGAUUGGCCGCUGAGCGACGACACCAUUCUGCACCUCGCAACCGCCGAGGGGCUGAGCAGCGGGCUGGAGGGCGAUGCGCUGCUGCAGGAGUUGGCACGGCGCUACGUGGCGGCCAUGGAGGACAUGGAGGGCCGCAAACCGGGGCCCAGCAGCAUCCUAGGUACCCGCGCCCGGAGGAGCUGCCAACGCUGAUCCGGGUGAGCAUUGAGAGUGGGCGCAUGACCCACCACCACCCCACAGGGUACCUGGGCGCAUUGGCCGUGGCACUGUUUGGGGCGCUGGGGGUGCGUGGGGAACCCCCUGAGCUGUGGGGCGCUGAGCUGCUGCGCAUUCUGCCCCACGCAUGGGAUUAUGUGGAGGGUGAAGGGGUGGCCGUGGAGGAAAACGCCGCCGCAUGGGACUUCUUCGGGGACACCUGGCGCCGGUACCUGGAGUCACGAGGUCUCCUGGGGGGCGGUGGUCCCCCACGAGUGCCAUCACUGCCGACGCCGGAGGAGCGUGACGCCGAGUACGUGCGCUGGGCGCUGGGGGGGUGGGCAGGGCGCAGCGGGCACGACGCACCCAUGGUGGCUCUGGAGGCGCUGCUGGCGGCGGGGGACAGCUGGGAGGAGCUGUGCGCCCGCGCUGUGCUGCACGGCGGCGACAACGACUCCACUGGAACCAUCGCCGCCGGCUGCUGGGGGCUGCGCUGGGGGCUGAGCCGCGUUCCCCCCGGCAUGCACCGCCACCUUGAGUACCGCCAGCGUCUCUGCCACGUCGCGCACCGCCUGCACGCGCUGGCCUGGGGGCACUGAGCGCUCCUUCGGCAGCAUUCGGGACACAGCCGUGGCCACAGUAAACGUGCGCUGCAAUGUC